AUGUCUCAAGAUUCAAGUGCUAAAGGAAUUUUUAGUAUAAUUUCUUACAUUGCUCCAGAGAGAUCUUUACUGAAUAUUCUCCAAGAUAGUGAAUAUAAUAAUUUAGAUUGGAAUUCCAAA